AUGUAUAUCACUUGGAACUCUACCAGAAUAGAACCGAGGCAUCUUAAACAAUCAUCUUUUGUCCCUGCCUCCUCCAGCCACACUCCAUUUUCUUCCCGUCACACAACCCUUUCAGAAACAAAAUUACUUUACAGCAUCGAAGAUACACCACGGAUGGGUUGGAUUGAAAGAUCUGAAAAUACGCCAAACGAUAAUAUUGUUCAUGAUGCCAGGAGGAGCCGAGGUCAUCCCCACCUCCUUCCCAGGCUUCCGGGACUGAAGGCCGCCAGGUAUGCUUACUCUUUCCAAGACGAAUUUGGGAAGAUUACUGCAUUUCCGUUAAUGGGGUCCACAUCGGCCAUGCAACUCAAAUAA